UAUAUGCAUCCGGGUAACGGCUCUCUCCACAUGCAGAGCAUAAACAAAGUAAAUAAUCAAUAAGAAGCUGUUUGCGCAUUUUUAAACGGCUGCAGCCGUUAAAUAUUCCUAACAACCAAAGAUGAUUUAACUGGAUUAAUAUUUAAAGGCGCUUUUUUCCGGAGAAAUUGCUUAGUAUGGAUACGGGAGCUCUAACGAAAAUGCGACCCAGGGAGCUCCCGCCUCUUCCACAGCGCGGACAACGAUCACUUCCCUCAAUACAGAGUCAAGACGCAGCUGGAGAAGUACCCGCACUGAAACAUAAGAAGAAGAGGGUGAAGAGAGAGACGGAUGGAGUGGAUGAUACUGACGAUCAUGGGAUGGAGAUGGGAGGCCUGGACAGCCGGAGGGAAUCUGGGAUUGGAGAACAGCUUCCCCUCGAGACCAUGACGGACGCUCCCCCGCAGAGGAGGAAGAAGAAAAAGAAAACCGCCACUAUAGAUCUUGACGAUGACCAAGCCGACCUGGUGAACGGAGAGGCAGCAGAUCAGACGACUGAUGGAGAAGAAGUGGUCAAAAGAAACAGAAAGAGAAGGAAGUCAAGAGCCGUUGAAUCGCAGCUUCCCGAUGAGCUGGACGUAGAAGAGGACGACAUCAUCACCGACACUCCGCCUCCUAUCCCCCAGCAUUCCCUGUUCUCGGCCCCGCAGGGUCAGAGCCAGCUGGUGGGGAAAGUGUUUGUGGAGCGGAACAAGCGUUUCCAGGCUGCUGAGCGCUCAGACUGGAGGAAGACCAGCGUCCAGACGGAUCACGUGACAGACUUCCAGCACAUUCAGCCGCUCUGGACCACCAGAGACGUUUCUAUGAGAGUGCACGACGGCUUCAGGGUGUUCGGUCUGUAUUGUCACGGCUUCCUGGCGGGCUACGCCAUGUGGAACAUCGUGGUGGUGUACAUGUUAGCCGGGCAGCACCUCACCACUCUGUCCAACCUGCUGGAGCAGUACCACAGCCUGGCGUACCCCUCCCAGUCUCUGCUCUACAUGCUGCUGGCCAUCAGCACCGUGGCCGCCUUCGACAGAGUGAACCUGGCCAAAGGCUCCGAGGCUCUGCAUCAGUUCAUCACACUGAACCCCGUCGCGCUCGCCUCGUUCUUGUACUUCUCAGCGCUGGUGCUCUCUCUGAGCCAGCAGAUGACCAGUGAUCGGAUCAACCUGUACCCAGCCGCCAACACAACUUUAUGGCCACCGGGGUUGGAGCACCAGAUUCUCCACCCAUGGGUGACAGUCAACCUGGUGGUGUCUCUGCUGGUGGGGCUGGCCUGGAUCUUCAUCGCCACCCGACCGGAAACAGGACUAUACUCACGAUUAUCUGUACGCCAUGAGGAUUGAGCCUCACAAGCCAGAGGACAAAUCAGAAAUGACCGCCUGAGAAAAUAUAAUUCUGUACAUCUGCUCUGACAGCUUUGUCGUCAUUUUGCACAUAUUUUUGUGAACUCUGAAUGUGUUGUAGAUUAUUUUUUGAAAUGUGAAUGUGCUUGUGUCUUUAUAAAUAUUUAUCCAACAA